AUGCUGGCAGUCGCAUUUUCGUCGAUUCUCGCCGUUACGGCGGUGUGGGCUCAACAGCUCGACGGCUAUCAGAUACCAUUUGAGUCACUGGGGCUCAGCAGCGACUGUCUUGUGGCAGUCAACACGACGGUAUCAUCAUGUCCCGCAUGGCUCGGUGUCAUCACCGGCUUAGACCCAAGCAUACCCCUUGUGCCUGAAGCAGAGCUGAAUACGCUCUGCAGCAGCACAUGCCGCUCGGAUAUGGCAGGACUCAUACCCACAAUUCAGGCAGCCUGCACGGCGCCGACGGACGUCAUGGUGCCAGACACUGUCACUGCGUAUCCAGCGGAACGCUACCUCUAUGCCAUAGACAUAUCGUGCCUAGUGGACUCGAAGACGGGCGAGUACUGCGACGUCCUGGUCAGCUCGUGGCUGAACGAGACAAACAACAAUGUGUCCGCCUACACGUCAGAGCAGAACUGCUCGUACUGCGAGCUGGCCUUGCUGCAGUACCAGCUGGCAUCCCCCAUCGGCUACGACGAAGAAAGCGCUGAAGCGUUUUCCAGUCUGACCUCCAGCUGUGCGGCGACCACGUACACGUAUUCCGUGCCGACAAUGACGACAUGGGCUCUAAAUGCCACCGCUGUCGCCACGACUCGGCCAACGUGUAAUGCCACCGCGUACACGGUGCAGGAGGACGACACUUGCGUCAGUAUCUCGGGCGAACAAAACGUCUCCACGUACGGCCUCAUCACGACAAACGCUUUGACGUUGGCUUGCGAUCCAUUGCCGGAUGUCGGAACGGAGCUCUGUCUGUCCAGCAUGUGUACAACAUACCAACUUCAGGGUUACGACAAUUGCGAUUCUGUGGUGGCAGAUCUCGGCAUCACAAUGGCCCAAUUGCUGGCAUGGAACCCCAAUAUCAACUCCGGCUGUUCCAAUCUGGCCUACUUUCGAGGAUGGUAUCUCGCAUCAACGACGGCAGCCCCGGUCCCGACCAACGCCCAGCCACAGUCCAACACAGACUGCGGCCAGUGGUACUAUGUUCUGCCGGGCGAUUAUUGCUCCCUCAUUUCAGUCAAGUUUGGCAUCUCACUCAGCGACUUUUACUUCCUGAACCCACAGGUUGACUCGUCGUGCGACAACCUCUGGGCAAAAACUUCUGACAGCAGCCGCAACCAGUUUCACCCGUCCAGUUACAUCGACUUCAACUACCCCCCCCCCUACGUCGGCCCGACACUCAACCCAACAGCGCCAGGGACCAUUGAAGGAUGCUAUUACUACUGGAAUACUUUUGUCCCAGGUCUCUUUGUACAAGAUGACGAUGACAUUGACAUCAACUCGUGCUUGGCGUGGACGUGGGGAGCCGAAGUGUUGCUGUCGGAUCUCCUCGCCUGGAAUCCCAGCCUGAAUGCUAGCAACUGUUUCAUGGAGCAAGGGUACAGUUACUGUGUGCAGAAAGAUGAAUUCCCAGCCAAUAUUACGACAGCCAAUAUUACGUACCCAUACGACUAUUGCUUUGCACCGAACAUCUCCUUGAUUGAUUCUAGAUCGGUACAACCGGACGAAUGUGACUGCUACAUUCAGGUACGGGAAGAAGACAAAGGAUACUUCAACUGCAGCAUGUUUCCAACACUGUUCAACAUCACGGUGAACGACGUCGUUGCGCUUAAUCCACAACUCACUAGCAAUGUGGCAUGCGACAGCAACCUCUGGAACGGCCUCGUGGGAGGCUACGAGCAGUUCUGUGUCGAGCGCAAUACAACCGGCGUAAGCACAGGCACUUCUUCGUCGUCCACGUCCACCGCCACUUCGGGACAGUUCUCUACCACACCGAUGGCAACAAUAACAAGCACGUCUGUGAGCACUCCAUCGUCUACUACGGCCGUGGUCCCCCCCGCUCAGACAGAGCCUGGCACGACGUCCAGCUGCACCGUAUAUCACGUCGUCGUUUCUGGUGACACCUGCUAUGCCAUAUCUACAACGUACAAAAUCUCUCUCGACGAGUUUUACGGCUGGAACCCUAAUGUUGGCACCGACUGUUCGGCCCUUUGGCUAGGAUAUGCUGUUUGCGUAGGGGUUUAG